CUCGAAUUGAAAAACCACGUCUGCAUCCCGACGAGCCGAAUCAAUCUCCCAGUCAUGACUCACGCUACAGAAGAGCUUAGACUCCUAUUGGAAAAAAUGGGGCUCGCUCAUGGUAGCUUGAGCACCAUCGCAUCAGAAUCGCAUCUAGGAACCCGAGGCCGGCUCACCAAAAAUGAUAUUCGUUUCAUCAAAGCGAACACUGAGGCCCUUGAAAAAGAGCAGUCAAUUGUUGACGAUUGUAUUCUAAAAAUCCAGUCCCUUCUACCGCAACUUCGCUGUCGACAUGCCAAAAACCGCACUGCCAUCGACUUCCAAAAAGCUCUUCUCGUUCCGUUGCCCCGACAAUCGAAGGAAGAAAAGGAUUUCCUCUCGCGUAUCCCGUACGAGUUAUCCCCACUAUCCACUGUUCCAUUCGAAGUCAUGAGUCACAUCCUGGUGCUUGCGGCCACAAGCAUCGACUUGUCAACGGAGUCGGAUUGCCUAGAUACGACGAGUAACACAGCGUGGAUCUUGGGCCAAGUCUGCAGAGUCUGGCGCGCCAUUGUCUUGUCUACGCCAUCGCUUUGGAGCCUAGUGGUCCUCAACGACGAACCAAAUUACUUUACCCUCUGGGAAGAGCUUGUUCUCCACAAGUAUCUCCGCAGAUCGAAGGAACAGCUUCUGCAAGUCGUUGUUCAUGGCAUGUACGUCGAUACUGCACUGCGGUCGGCGCUCCAGGGGCUAUGUCCUCACACUCACCGCUGGGGUUCCGUGGACUGGACAACCAAUUCCUCGAGUCUGAGAUUCUUUUCGAACAUUUUCAGGCAGUCGGCCUACUUCCCUUUCUUGAAGUCGCUUAGUCUCACUGUCGAAGGUUCGGAUUACUAUGACGUAGAACACGUCACAAGCGAUGCGCCUAGCCGUCUGGCGGCAUUCCACGCUCCAGUCGAGCAACUCAUCGAAAUGUUCUGGGAGGCUCCUCAAUUACAGGACGUUUUAUUGCAGGGCAUCGGUAUCACCGAAAUUACUUUCCCCCUAGCGCGGUUAAGGACCUUUCAAGGAGAUAUUUACUUUCCCCAGGAACUUGCGCGACUAUUUUCUCAAGCUCCCGAGCUGACCCAGGCGACACUGUGGAUCAAAUUUCGAGAGAACCACAGUUUCACUGAUGAUCCCGUGGCCCAUUUGAGCCUUUGCCGUCUAUCCUUGUACACAGACGUGGAGUGUUUGCAGUGCCUUCACCUUCCGGCUUUGCAGCAUCUCCUAGUGGAGCAAUUGGUAUCCUACAAAGAUGGUAUUUUGGGUAUCGAACAAUUCAUCUCACAUUCGCAGUGUCAACUGCAGACACUCUACCUGAACGUUCCUCCGCUCUCCUUUUCACUUCUCACCUCUAUCCUCGAGAAGUGCGCUUCAACACUAACGGCUUUAUCUGUUCGCAUUGAUAAAAAGAUGGCGGAUGAUCUAUAUCAGGCCCUUACCUACAAUUCUGUCUCCUGUCUUGCACCACACUUGACAGAACUCUUCAUUCAUGACGACACGUACGGAAACGACCCAGUGCAACCUUCUUUGAAGGCAUUCGAGUACAGUACUGCGGCGCUCCUCAAUAUGUUAUCUUCUAGGAGACGCCUUGGAUCAGAAACCGCGCUUCUGAAGUCCCUGACGUUGACUGCUCCUCAUUCUCCCCAACCAAAAAAGUUGCUGAAAGUCAUGAGGAAAUUUGAAAGAGAGGGGUUGUCGAUAAAAUUCCAUGGUUGUGCAUGGAUGAUGUCGCUCGAAAUGUGACACGCCAGAAAUAGAGAGUGCCAUUGAGAAGGGAGUUUUGUGAUCAAAAGGAAAUAUGGGUUCUCCGUUACUAUCGA